CGGUCGCGGUGGCCGCGCGGGCGCAGCGGAGGCCCACGCCGCAGUACUAAUGCAUAUUGGCUACAAAACAACGAAUAUCAACCCAUGGAGGAGCAAGAGUUUCCUGAGGACGAGUGUAUUAAUCAGAUGUCCUUAGCAGAUUACAAACCGGCAUAAAGAGUUAUUUGAUGGCGGGCUAGGACGGUUCACGGGCGGCACGGCGACGUUGCGCGUGCGGCCCGGCGCCGCCGCCGUGUUCCACCGCGCGCGCCCGCUGCCCUACGCGCUGCGCGAGCGCGUGGACGCGGAACUCGACUCCAUGUUAAGCGCCGGCGUCAUCGAGCCUGUGGACGCCUCCGACUGGGCCACGCCACUUGUUCCCAUACGUAAGCCGGAUGGCAGCUUACGCCUUUGUGCCGAUUACAAGGUAACAUUGAACAAAGUUUUAUUGGUCGACAAAUAUCCCGUUCCGAGAUUAGAAGAUGUGUUUAGUAGUCUUAGCGGUAGUACUUAUUUUACCAAACUGGACCUGUCUCAAGCUUAUUCGCAAGUAGUACUAGACGAUGAAUCAAAAAAAUAUACUGUCAUUAACACGCACCGAGGUUUAUUUUCCUACAAUAGAUUGGUUUUUGGCUUGGCAUCGAGCCCUGGUAUUUUUCAAAGGUUAAUGAGUACGCUGUUGCAGGGCAUUGAUAACGUUGUUGUGUUUUACGACGAUAUAUUAAUUACGGGAAGUAAUUUAAAACAACAUUUAAUAACGGUAAAUACAGUAUUAGAUAGAUUGCAGGCGCAUGGCUUAAAAUUAAAAAAGGAAAAAUGCGUAUUUUUACAGGAUAAAGUUAGGUAUUUAGGGUACGUUAUUGACAAAAGUGGGUUAAGUGUGGAUAAAUCUAAAAUAAAGCCGAUCUUAGAAAUGCCAUACCCCAGUAAUGUUAGUCAACUUAGAUCUUUUUUAGGCAUGGUGAAUUUUUACGCUAAAUUUGUAAAGGAUCUUAGUAACUAUUUGGCGCCACUUCACGCGUUGUUACAAAAAUAUACUAGAUGGCAGUGGGGAGAAAAACAGAUAGACGCUUUUAACAGGGUAAAGAGUAUGUUGUCAAGCGCCGAGGUGCUCGCGCACUACGACCCCGGCUUGGACGUGGUGGUCACGAGCGACGCUAGCCCCUUCGCAGUAGGGGCUAUUUUGGCUCACCGUUACGCGGACGGCUCCGAGCGCCCUCUGGCGUACGCGUCGCGCGCGCUCACCGCGGCCGAGCGCAAUUAUAGCCAAAUUCAUAAAGAGGCGUUAUCAAUAUACUUUGCAGUGAAACGCUUUCAUCAAUACUUGUAUGGUAGGCGGUUUUCGUUGCGCACGGAUCAUAAGCCCUUGGUUAGUAUUUUUGGACCGAAUGUAGGUGUACCGAGUAUGACAGCCAGUAGGUUACAGAGAUGGGCUUUAUGUUUAUCGGCAUAUGAUUUCGACAUAGAAUAUGUGAAAUCAGAACAAAACGUGGCUGACGUUUUAUCAAGGCUUAUUAAAGCGCAUAAACUAAGUGAAGUGGAGAAUGAGAAAAGAGAGCCCGAACAAACUUACCUUCACUUUGCGUCCGACGCCCUGUUAUUAGAUUACAAAGUGCUAAAGAAUGAAACAAAAAAAGAUUCGUUACUGUCUCGGGUAACUAGUUUUAUUUUAGAUGGGUGGCCAGAUGCCGUAGAUAUUGAACAAUUGAAACCGUAUUUCAACCGUAGAAAUGAACUUUAUUUAGAACUUGGAGUCAUUAUGUGGGGUCACAGGGUGGUAAUACCGGUGGGCUGCCAGGACAAGGUUAUAAGGGAACUUCAUGAAACACAUAUGGGGGUUGUAAAGACCAAAUCUUUAGCGAGAAGUUAUGCCUGGUUCCCGGGCAUCGAUGAAGCGAUCGAGCGGACGUGCACGGCGUGCGGCGUGUGCGCGGCGACGGCCAGCGCGCCGCCGGCGCAGGCCCCGCGCGCCUGGCCGUGGCCGGAGCGCCCGUGGACCAGGUUGCACAUAGACUUUUUGGGGCCCCUCGCAGGUAUUAUGUACCUGGUAAUAGUAGAUGCGUGCUCUAAAUGGAUUGAAGUCAUCAAAAUGGCGAGUACCACUGCGGCCGCGGUCAUCUCUAAGUUGCGAGAAAUUUGGGCUAGAUUUGGUAUACCCAAACAAGUAGUAUCGGACAAUGGACCUCCCUUUACUAGCCAGGAAUUCGGGUUUUUCAUGAAAAAUAAUGGUGUAGAGCAUAUAUUUACAGCCCCCUAUCAUCCUUCGUCGAAUGGGGCCGCAGAGGGCGCUGUAAAGAUAUGUAAACACGUUUUGCUUAAAGCACAAAAACAGCAACUUGAUGCAGAAGUAGCUCUGAGUAGAUUCCUUUUAAUUUAUAGAAAUACAGUACAUAGUACGACGGGAGACAGUCCUGCCAACAUUUUACAAGGUAGAGGUUUACGCACGCGGCUGGAUUGUUUAAAACCAGAAAGAGGGGCGCAAGCGCGCGAGGCGCAGGCGCGGCAACAGCGCGCCGCCGGCGGUGCCCACCGUAGCUUCCUCGCAGGGGAUACGAUUUGGUACAGAAAUUACAGUUCUAGGAAUGCGGACAAGUGGCUCGAAGUCUGGAGCCACGGGCUCGAGCAGUCCGGGGAGCGCGGGGCCCGAGCGCCGCCGCCUGACCCGCCUGCGAGGUAUCAGCCUCCUAGGUCCACUUUGCAAGAGUUUUCCUACAUCGACGGCAAAUGGCAGAAGACUUUCAUGGCCAAAAACAUGAGCUGCCGCAACAAGGUGAUUGUGAUGAUUCUGCAGUUCCUGGGUCUCAGAUAUGAUAAGAAAAUGUGUUCCGUACCUAGGGGAUCAUACCAGUUUGAGACUGACUACAACAAGUUAGACCACCUGCUGUGGGCACCGCAGCGUUCAUAUGGACGGAUGAAACGGCGUAUUGAGUCGCGCUGCGUGGGUGGCACCAUCUUCUGCCAAGAGUAUGAGUCCGAAGUCAAGCCUGUCAGUUAA